CCCCUCCCCCUCUCCUGUGCUCCUCUCUUCUCCUCUCUCUCUCUCCCUCCUUCUCCUCUCGCUCCCUCUCUCCUUCUGAAGGGAUCAACGAGCUCGAUUCCGUUGUCCGAGCGAGUUCGCGUUGUUUCGCUGUGGGAUCUCCCUUCCAGCUCAUUUUCGCCUAGCAAGAUCUAGAUUCCUGAGGCCCAACUAGGGUUCGGGGUGAGAUUGGCAGCAGAAUUGAAGUCCUCCUGCGCGCUGAUCUUUCGAAUUGGGUGCAGAAUUUGGGGGUUUCUGAUCCGGAGGAUGGAUUGAGAGGAGGAGGAGGAGGAGGAGGGAGAUAGAGUGAGAUUGCUAGGAGGGGCCCUAAAAAAAAUGGCCAACAGCGAGGCCGACACAUCGGCCAAGACACCGAAGACCUCGGCGGCUCAGGACGGAUCUCCGGCCAGUAGCGCCAGCCCUGCUGCCACAGUGUACCCGGAUUGGACGAGCUUUCAGGCAUAUUCGCCGAUUCCGCCACAUGGAUUCUUUCAUUCUUCUGUGGCAUCGAGCCCCCAGGCUCAUCCUUACAUGUGGGGAGCUCAGCAAUUUAUGCCACCAUAUGGGACACCACCGCAUCCAUAUGUCAUGUAUCCUCCUGGAGGAUUAUAUGCUCAUCCAUCUAUUGCACCGGGAUCACACCCAUUCAGUCCAUAUGCUAUGCCUUCUCCAAAUGGACAUGCUGAGGCUGGAGCCAUGCCUGGUGGACCGGAAAUGGAUGGUAAGUCAUCAGAAGGUAAGGAAAGAAGUCCCCUCAAAAGAUCCAAAGGAAGUUUAGGUAGUUUGAAUAUGAUUACAGGAAAGAACAACAAUGAGCCAGGUAAAACAUCAGGGGCAUCAGCGAAUGGGGGCUUCUCUCAAAGUGGUGAAAGCGGAACUGAAAGUUCAAGUGAAGGAAGUGAUGCUAAUUCUCAAAAUGAUUCGCAGCCAAAGACAAGUGGUGGGCGAGAAUCUUUUGAUGAGACUUCCCACAGAGGCAACCCAGCACCAGGUUCUCAGAAUGGUGUGACUCGGACACUGUCACAGGCAGUGCUAAGUCAAACCAUACCUAUCAUGCCUAUGCCUGCAGCUGGUGCACCCAGUGGGGUUGCUGGUCCUACCACAAACUUAAAUAUAGGGAUGGACUAUUGGGGGGCUCCAUGUUCUUCUUCUCUUCCUCCAAUGCAUGGUAAAGUUCCUGCCAAUGCAGUUGCAGGAGCUGUGGUUCCUGGUGCUCCAUCAGAGCUUUGGAUGCAGGAUGAAAGAGAACUCAAACGGCAGAGAAGAAAGCAGUCGAACAGGGAAUCUGCACGUAGAUCUAGGUUGCGCAAGCAGGCGGAGUGUGAAGAGCUGGCUCAACGAGCUGAGUCUUUGAAAGAGGAAAAUGCUUCCCUUAGAGCAGAGGUAAACCGGAUUAGGAAGGAAUAUGAGCAACUUCUUUCUCAGAACACCUCUCUUAAGGAAAGACUUGGAGAAAUACCACAAGGCACAGACAAUCCACAACUCGAAAGAGAUGAACAAAAUUCUGGCGAUGACAACAACAAAAGGCACUUGGAUUCUGAUGCGCAAGCAGGGGAAAAAGAUCCAGUGCAGAGUGGCCUCUAAAGUCUGAAGCCUUGCUUGCUAUAGACCAUUACCCUGGAGUGUAACCCUCAAUUAUCAGCACCCCCUGAUUACAUAGUAUAAUAGGACUUGAAGAUUACAAUUGGUUGCAGUUGAUUGGAAUUAGGUAGCUGUGAUGUCAAUGCUGACUUACGUAGGCUGGUUCCUCUUGUAAUUUUUGUCUUGACUAAUCUUUUAAAGGUCGAGCUCGAGAAGGAAAUAUAGGGUUAAAACCCAGUUUCACUUUGUCUGUCAAAGCAAAACUACUGACUUUUCUCAUCUUACCUACUGGGUCAAUGUUUUGAUGCAAUGUAUACUUAAUGGGAGAUAAUUAUUGUUUAUGCAGUACUUAUUAUAUUAUACAGCUCUGUGGGUGAAGUAGCAUUAA